AUGGCCGGUAAGAAGAAAACGAAAAAGCCCGCAGCAAACCCAGCGCGCGGGUUUGCUACCACAUCAGUCGCUUCCAAGGCUCGAGUCGACCCCGCUGAAGCUACAGCUGAGGCUGUCCCGGCCGGCAAGGUAAAUACUGAUGCUACCGCUGCGACCCCCCUGACCAACGGCGCAACCCAAACGGCCGCCACCGACAACACCAAAACAGAGGAGAAAGCGCCAUCGCAGUCGCUAAGCCCCGAAGAGUUUGAGCGGCAGCUGGAUGAGUCGCAAUUGCAGCUCCUGGUCGAAAAGUACGCGCAAAAAGUCAGAAGAGAUGCUCAGAGACAAAAGACACGCCUCGAGACGGAUCGCCGACUGCUCCGGACCGCUGCCGAGAGCAUCAACACAAGGAAAUGGCUGCCGCAGGAGCUGAUGGACCAUAUCCUGGGUCUCAUUCAGGCAGAAGGCCGAUUUGCAGCCUCCAGUGUCUCUUCUGAGGGCGCAACUAGUAGGCUGCCCUCGGAGGAAGACCUCAUCAUCAGGCUGUGGACCUUGCAAGAGACGUUGGAGGGUUCUGGGUUUCCCGAGGACAGGAUACAGCCCGCAUUGCAGUUUGUUUUGGAUAUUGCGCCCAACAUCCCAUACAACUCGAGGAGCGACUUCAUUUGGGGUUUCGAGGAGGUCUUGGACUGGUUUGCGAGGGAGUGCGCUAGGGAAGAACUGCCAGACUACGCGGGGCGUAAGUCGGGUUCGAAGUCGCAGACAGCUUUAGACACUCCUGCAGACUCGCCAUCCAGACCAGGAACACCUCUCGAACUUGAGCCCCGAACCAAGAGGAAAGGCGGCGCAGCGAACCUGUCACACGCAGCCUCGCCAAAGCGGCCGACUGUCACAUACGACGAGGACAUUGAACCCGACCAGCUGCUUCCAUUCUACCUCGAGGCAAAGACGAAACUGUUUGCGAUCCAGUAUCCGCGACAGGACACGGCCAAGCGGAAGGGUACACAGGAUAAAUCCCAAAACUCGGAUGACCCGGAAGAAGCGUUGCUGCUUGCAAAGAUAGAUCGUGUCGAAAAGGACGUUUUGUUUGACAAGUACGUGGCCGAGCAACAGUGGAGAGAGAAACGGAUUGUUCUGGAGAAGGAAUAUGCUGCCGCGAAGGCGGAGGAGAAGAAAAGGGCAGCCGCAAAGACGCCACCAGCGCCAACCGACUUCGAUGACAUCAAUGCAGAAGCUGAGCGGAUUGCGGCCGAAAUUAUCGAAGAAGAGGACGAUGACCAGGCAUUGGCCGACCUGUUCUCAAGCUUGCCGGUGAGCGAGGUUGAUCCUGUGACGGGCAAAACCAACACGGUGGUAAGCGGAGCGGACGGAUCCAGGGUUAUUGUCCGGGACUUUGGAAAAUGGACCGGCGUGACCCCGAUGCGGGCUUUGGAAGAGGCCUGCCGCUCAAGGGACUCCUCUGUGAGGAUAUCAUAUCAUCUCCUGUCUGAUGUCGCUUUCGCGAACAGGCACGCCGUCAACAUCAUAUGGUCGAAGCCGCAGGAGAUUCCCGUUGCCCCUGAGUUUUCUGAGCUCGAAGUGUUUACCUCGCCGACUCAAUUUGUCUACAAGAUGGUUGCCAUUGCCACGCCCGACGCGAAGCAGUCUGAGGCCUACAUCGCCACGACCGCUCUCUUUUGCAUCUUCGGGUUCUCGGCCAAGGAGGAGAAAGUGUCACUCAGGCUACCCCCAACCUGGAAGGACCUAUGGUCCGAGUUUGCAGAGGCCAGGAAGAACAAGGCCGACGAGCAGGACCGCAACAUUUUGAGGCAUCUCCGAGACCUUGUGCGCAAGAGGGUCGAGCAGGAGUUGGAAGAUGGAGUGCUCCUGCAGGGCUUUAAGGGACGGGGCCAGGCUAAGAACCAUACGGACUCGGACCAAUCCGACCAAGAGCGCGCGAAGCGCCAACCAUACGACCCCCAAUACUACCAAAAUAUCUGGCUGCAGAAGAGCAGCUCGCCCAAGUAUCAGCAAAUGCUGGCACCACGUAUGCAGCUUCCCAUGUGGCAGUUCCGGCAACAGGUCGUGGAUAUCGUCGACAGGGAGCAGGUGGUUAUCAUCUGUGGCGAGACAGGAUGCGGCAAGAGUACCCAGGUGCCCUCAUUCUUGCUUGAACACCAGCUGCUCCAGGGCAAACCGUGCAAGAUUUACUGUACAGAACCGAGGCGUAUCUCUGCCAUAUCGCUGGCGCGCCGUGUGAGCGAGGAGCUUGGAGAGGGCAAGGCAGACCUUGGCACGAGUCGUUCACUGGUCGGCUACUCGAUCCGCCUCGAAUCGAACACGACGCGGGAAACCCGACUGGUCUACGCCACGACCGGAAUCGUCAUGCGCAUGUUAGAAGGAUCCAACGACCUCGAUGAGAUAACCCAUCUGGUGCUUGACGAGGUUCACGAGCGGUCCAUCGACAGCGAUUUCCUUCUCAUUGUGCUGAAAAAGUUACUCCUGCGGAGGAAGGACUUGAAGGUCGUGCUUAUGUCGGCCACAGUCGACGCUGAGCGCUUCUCCAAAUACCUUGGCGGCGCUCCCGUCCUGACUGUCCCGGGACGGACUUUCCCUGUCCGCGUCGCAUACCUUGAGGAUGCCAUCGAGCUGACAGGCUACACGGUCGACCAGCGCAACCAAGAGAAGCUGACCGAGCUAGAUGACGAUAUCGAGCCGGAGGUUGACACGACGUCCAAGCCCGAACUGCUCAAGGAACUAAGACAGUAUUCCGCACGGACCCGAAACACGCUCGCUCAGAUGGACCAGUACCGGAUCGAAUAUGACCUGAUCGUCCAGCUUAUUUCGAAAAUUGCCGUGGACCCCGACUAUGUUUCCUACAGCAAAGCUAUCCUGGUAUUUUUGCCUGGUAUUGCCGAGAUUCGGACGCUCAACGACAUGCUGCUCGGGGAUCGAUUCUUCGCCGAUAGCUGGCUCGUGUAUCCGAUGCAUUCGUCCAUCGCCAGCGAGGAGCAGGAAGCAGCUUUCCUCAUCCCGCCGCCUGGCAUGCGCAAGAUCGUGCUGGCCACCAACAUUGCCGAAACCGGUAUCACCAUUCCGGAUGUGACGUGCGUCAUCGACACGGGCAAGCAUCGCGAGAUGAGGUUCGAUGAGCGGCGGCAGUUGUCGCGCCUCAUUGACUCGUUCAUCUCCCGCGCCAACGCGAAGCAGCGCCGCGGUCGUGCUGGCCGUGUCCAAGAGGGCCUUUGCUUCCACCUCUUCACCAAGUACAGGCACGACAACGCCAUGAACGACCAGCAGACGCCGGAGAUGCUCCGGCUUUCCCUGCAAGACCUGGCCAUCCGGGUCAAGAUCUGCAAGAUUGGCGGCAUUGAAGAGACACUGACCCAGGCGCUGGACCCGCCAUCCCAAAAGAAUAUUCGCCGAGCCAUCGACGCUCUUGUGGAUGUCCGCGCCUUGACGGCCACGACUGAGGAACUGACACCGCUUGGUCUCCAGCUCGCUCGGCUGCCACUCGACGUCUUUCUUGGCAAGCUCAUCCUGCUUGGCGCUGUCUUCAAGUGCCUGGACAUGGCCAUUACCGUGGCCGCUAUUCUCUCGUCCAAGUCACCCUUCGUUGCCCCCUUCGGCCAGCGGAGCCAAGCCGAUUCGGUCCGGCGGGGCUUCCGCAAGGGCGACUCGGAUCUCCUGACGGUUUACAAUGCCUACAACGCCUGGAAGCGCGUGUGUCAAUCUGCUUCCGGCGGCGGCGCCGAGUUCCAGUUCUGCCGCAAGAAUUUCCUCUCCCCUCAAACCCUCGCCAACAUCGAAGACCUCAAGGGUCAGCUACUCGUCGCAGUAGCCGACUCGGGGUUCCUGCAGCUCACGGCGGACGAGCGGCAGGCCCUCAACAAGCUCCGUUUUGGAGGUCCACGGCGCCGCCACCAGGCCUUUUUUGACGUGCCCAAGCGCGUCAACACUAACAGCGGCAACGAAGUCGUGGCGCAAUCGGUCAUUGCCUGGAGCUUCUACCCCAAACUCCUCGUCCGCGACCCGGGAAGCAAGGGCCUGCGAAACAUCGGCAACAACCAGUCCAUCAGCCUGCACCCCAGCAGCGUGAACAAGGGGUACAAUGAACUGCGCUGGCUGAGCUAUUACCACAUCAUGCAAUCCAAGGCGUUCUACAACGCGCACGAGACCACCGCGACGGACCCCUUCGCGAUCACCCUCCUCUGCGGCGACGUGCGUGCAGACAUGUACUCGGGCGUGUUUGUGCUGGACGGCAACCGCGCGCGGUUUGCCGUGCCCGACUGGAAGACGAUGCUUGUCGUGAAAGUAUUGCGGGCCCGGCUCCGCGAGAUGCUCGCACGCCGCUUCAGGAACCCCGGGAAGCUGCCGACUGCGCAGCAUGAGCGCUGGCUCGAGGUCUGGCAGCGCGUGUUUGGCAUGAUGGAGGAGAAUAGGUUGAGGGGGGCUGCUGCUGCUGCGGGUGCGGGUGGGGAGCGUUAG